UCUUGCUCAGAUGUUGGCGUCUCCUAUACCUAGGGAGUUCAUGCCCAUUCCAGCUCCCAGGUGCCGCACCCUACACCAGGAUGUGCUCGAGGCCUGUGCCCCGCGAGCCCCUGCACCGCGUAGCUGUGACUGGGGGCACUCAUGGCAAUGAGAUGUCCGGCAUCUGCCUGGUCAGGCACUGGCUGCAGGCCCCUGGGGAGCUGCAGAGACCCAGCUUCUCUGCCGUGCCUGUGCUGGCCAACCUGGCGGCCAUAGCUGCCUGCCGCCGCUAUGUGGGCUGCGACCUCAACCGCACCUUUAUCAGCACCUUCCUCACUGCUAAGGCCAGCCCGGAUGACCCAUACGAGGUGACAAGAGCCCGGGAGCUAAAUCAGCUGCUGGGGCCCAAAGCCUCCAGCCAGGCCUUUGACUUUGUCCUGGAUCUGCACAAUACCACAGCGAACGUGGGCACCUGCCUCAUCAUCGACACCAACCAAGAUGUCUUCGCCAUGCACCUGUGCCACCACCUGCAGCUGCAGAACCCUGAGCUGCCCUGCCGGGUCAUCCUGUACCAGCGGCCUGGGGAAGAGCGCUUCAGCCUGAGCUCGGUGACCAAGAACGGAAUAAGCCUGGAGCUGGGCCCCCAGCCUCAGGGCGUCCUGAGGGCUGACCUUUUCUCCCAGAUGAGGGCCCUGGUGGCUGCAGUUCUGGACUUCAUCGAACUCUUCAAUCAGGGUACAGCCUUUCCUGCCUUUGAGAUGAAAGCCUAUAGCAUUGUGGGCACCGUGGACUUCCCACGCACAAAGGAUGGGCACCUGGCAGGCACUGUGCAUCCUAGGCUGCAGGACCAAGACUUUGAGCUGCUGCAGCCUGGUGCUCCCAUCUUCCAGAUGUUCAGCGGUGAGGAUGUACUAUAUGAGGGAGAAUCUACCGUGUACCCCGUGUUCAUUAAUGAGGCUGCCUACUAUGAAAAGGGAAUUGCAUUCUUCCAGACUAAGAAGCUCACAUUCUCUGUGCCCGCUCUGCCUGCGCUGACCUCUGCCUGCACCCCAGGUCCCUGACUCAAUCCAUACUUGCCCAGCCUCAGCCUUUCCAUCUGAACAAUGGAAAGGGCAGGAAGGGAAGGGCAGAGAGAGGGAGGCAGAGAGGACAGCGCCCCUCUUCCCUGGGCCUAAUUUCUCCGGGUUCAGGUGCUCUGCCACCUACAAGUACUCCAGGCCCUCUGGAACUCCAGCUCUGUGCCUUCCUGAGGCACAGUUCCGAGCUUAGGCCCCCUUUUGCCACCUGCUGUGCACCAUGUUCUUUGCCCAGGCCUCUGAACCCCAGGCCUCAGUUUCCUGUUCUACAAAAUAUAGUCCAUGGUUGUGUCCUCUG